UUCAAGUUAAACACGCCAUGUUUACGUUUGUUCUUUGCAGCUGCUUGGUUUUGUAUUUUUGUCUAUGCGGCAUGUGUUUUAUUUUACACAAGCAAUAAAAUCGCCUUAUAUUUCUUACGUCACUUCCCUUUCGCAUGGCGCGGCGGUGUUUAGUAACGCUGCUGUUUGGUGUAUGACCAGUGUUACUUUGCAGGAAAUCUGAGUCUUUGACAAGAUCUUUGAAGGAAUCAAAUAAUCAUGUCCGUGGGUGAGAGACUGUAUAACUGUGAGGAUCCUGCUGUGUGGAGAGGGAUCUAUGGAAAAUACUGGGAUGUGGUGGAAGCAAAGUCAGCUAAGAAGGGGAAGGAUCCUGGAAAGCUGCUGGCACUAGACAAAUGGUUUCAGGAGGAGCUUCCCGCUGCGAUCUCAUCUCGAUCAGAACGUUCUCUUACACAUGCUGAGCUUGCUAAGAUCAUGGAGUGGAAACUAACCAAAGGAAAGUUCCGCCCACGUUUGCAGCAGCUGAUUGGCUCAAACAGCGAGGAGGCGGUUCAUAGCUUGACCAGCAAAGCAUUUAGUUUGUUUCCAGAUGUCCAGGCUGCAAUUACAGAGUUAUGCAAACUCAAAGGUGUCGGGCCGGCAACAGCAUCAGCUGUGUUGGCAGCUGGAGCUCCAGAUAAAAUCGCCUUCAUGGCCGAAGAAGCUGUGGAGAGCAUCGCUGGGCUGAGACCAGUCGAGUACACAGCCAAACAUUACACUCUUUAUCUACAGAAAGUGCUGCAAAAAACAGCCCAGCUCAACAAAGCGGACGACCAGCAGGACUGGACUCCUCAUAGGGUGGAGCUGUGUUUAUGGGCGUGGACGGUAGCCAAUCAGAUUCAGCCCUCAUUAUUAAAGGAAUUCGACUUGGUGGAUGUCACAGGCAAAGAGACUAAUCAGAAGUCAGAGAAGAGAAAAGCAAAUGAUGAAAAGCCAUCAAAGAGACGAAAGACUGACUGCUCUUAGUAUCAGAAUACAGCAGCAUUUCUCUUCUCAAAGUUUUUUGGGGAGUAUGUUGUCACAGUAUUUCUUUAUCACAGUAUUUCUACUCUUUUAAAUGUUCACUGUCUGUGUUUUUAUGUUUCCCAUCUAUUUUUCCAAGCUAGAACCCACACAAACUAUAUGUGUCUUAUGUUCUAGACUGUUUAUGUAAGUGGUGUUAAAUGUUAUUUUAUUAAAGCAAUAAAAGUGUCGUUAAGCGUAUAAACAGCAGUGUGUGUGUGUGUGGCGGUCUCAAACGUAAACAGAUACCUCCUUACAGUAUGGUCUUUAUUUCAAACAGCUGAGAAAUCAGAUCAAACACAAAACUGUACAAAAUUAAACUACAAAAACAAAACCGCCUCAGGUUCCAAUAUUUCAGCAGUACAAGACAUCAUGAAGUGAUAACCAAGAAUUCGAUAGAAACUAACAAUAUUUACAUCUCUUUUUUAUUAUAUUCAUCUGAUCCAGAGGAAACUAAAAGCCUUUGAUAUAUUUUAACAUCUUUUUUUGUAAACAGCAUAUUUUACUGCAACGAGUCUCCAUCUCGUAUUUUGGCACCAUUUUGAAAUCCAGAAGUCUACAGGCAUGGCGGCAACACGGACACCUCACCGGACCGCAGUGACGGUUUCAAAGCAACACUUGCGAUCUACACCUACAUCAUCAUGAUAUUAGCCAAUUACUGAUGUUGGGCAUGAGAUACGAGGGCAGCUAUUGGCUGGGACAAUGUGGGCGGAGUUAAGAAGGGAGGUCCUUGGAACAUAUGUUUAUGUUCAGAAUGACAUACUACCACAGUAAUCAUACAGUUUUUGCAGUUUGCAGUGUUUUUUUUUGUAAUUUCUCGGUAUGCAUGGACCAACUGCUACAUUGUGCAGUCCAGAGCACACUGGUUGGAAUAAUGUAUACCACAAUGCAAUAUUCUUAACCUUGAAUUCUGUUUGACGAACAUAAACCUCAAAAAAACUGCUUAGAAAGGAUAGUUCACACAAAUAUGAACAUUCUUGCUUCAUUUACCCACCCUCGUCCUCGUGUCAUUCCAAACCGGUAUGACUUUCUUUUGCAGAACAAAAUAUAUUUUUUGAAAAAAGUUGGUAACAAAACAACACCUGACUGCAACUGUAUGAACACAAAACUACUGUGACAUUUCUUAAAACAUCUUUUAUGGUCCACUGAAGAAAGAGUCAUAUACAGAUUCUCAACUAAAUGAGGAUCAAUGAAUUAUGACAACAUUUUUAUUUUUGGGUGAACUAUCGCUCUAAAAUCCAAGAUAUUGUCUGUAUUUGACAGAUUAAAGCUGGAGGUCACUUGCUAAGUUACUGUUGAAAACAUUUCUCUGUUUCAAAUACUAUUAAAAAAAGCUUUUAAAAAUAGUACAGUUUGUAGUAGUUUGUAAUGAACAAACAUUUCGACACACAUGGCUUUUAUGUGACUGUAACAGUCUGACCAACAGCACAUUUCCAGAAUCCAACAGAUAAUUGUUUAAAAAUAAUAGAUCCAACAUUUUUGCAUUUACCUUAAUUUUAUCACCCGUCUGCCUCUCACCUUUUAUUUCUCAUUUAUUUUUUAUCACAUAUAUCAACACUGCAUUUCACCUUCUAACUGUAUGUCUGAAAAAUAUUUAUAAGCUUUCAUUUUUCAACUGUCCAUACGUGCCAGCCAAGUAGAUUUUACACAGAUUCUAUGUAUUCCAAACCGACUCUGGAUCAGAACAUUACAAUGUCACAAUAAAAUGACCCUUUUACUUUCUUAUACAUUUCUAGAGUUACUAUGCACAAUUCAUCACCGCAUUGCUGCGUUUUGGCGUAUAAUGCCAACUUUUCCCAAUUCCUGAUGGAAAAUACUUGCACUGCAAAUAAAUGUCAAAUUAUGAAAGCAAAACGAAUCACACAUGUUGUUUCAUGUUCACUUUAGAAGACUGACUCAUACUCCCUUAAAGGAAUAGUUCACCUUCAAAAUGAAAAUUCUGUCAUUAUUUACAGGUCCUCUUGUCAUUUCAAACCUGUAAGAAUUUCUCUUUUUCUUCAAAACACAAAAGAAGAUAUUUUGAAAAUUGUUGGUAACAGAAAACCAUUGGUCCCCAUUGACUUGCAUUGGUUUUGUGUUGACCAACAGUUUUUGGUUACUAACAUUUUUCAAAAUAUCAUCUUUUGUGUUUUUCAGAAGAAAGAAAAUCACACAGGUUUAAAAUGACAACAUGAGUAAAUGACAGAUUUUUUUUAAAGAUGAAAAUUCCUUUAAAUGUCCUUGACCAUUGUAAGAAUUUAUCCAUUCAACAUUUAUUUUUCUGUUUUCCAGGGCAAUUUGGGUUAAAUAGAGAAUUUCUUGGCUUUGCAUCAUCGCGGCCCUCGGUUUAAGACAACCUUCACAAACGGUAUGAUCCCACAAGGACAACCACUCUGAAGAAAUAUAAAUACAGUGAGGGAAAUAAGUAUUUGAUCCCCUGCUGACUU